GUGAAUACUUACUGUGUGCAGUAACUGUGUACCGACUACUACACUGCACUGAAGCUAUGAAUACAGAAUGUAAGCACCAUGUUUGUUAUUGCACAUGUUUUAUAUGAUGAUACCGCUCUUAUUAAAGCCCAGGGCUACGUGUGCCUCAUGUUUGAACCCGUUGUAGAAGUCAAAAGGAGAGCUGGAUAUGUGUCUGUGUCUCACUCGUGCACUGAUUACACACAAACUGCUCUUUUUGCCACUUGACGAUUUUGUAAAGGAGUCGGUGCCAACGUCGUGUCGCAACAGGAAAGUUUCUGAUAUCAAGCUGCAAUCUGCAAAGCAUAAAAAGGGAGUGUGUUUAGUCUGGGGAGGGAAGAAUCGCUGGACUCUGGGAGAGACAACGACCCGUGACUGUCACUGUCAGGAUUAAGCAUUAAUGAGGAUGUUAAAUUUAGAGCUCAGUUGCUCACAUUUUCCCCGGACCUCUAGUGAGAAGUCCUGCUUGAUAUGGAAGCAUUUCAUAGCAGCUAUUCCACUUUACACUGAAUCACUUUCAGGAAUGUGCUUUGCCAAGAAUAAUGGACAACCUCAGUGUUCGUGGGACUCGGCUCGUACGACGACCAUUGUUUAGGAAUGUAGACUUACAGGUAAUUUGCAGCUUCUGAUGGGCGUGUGCUUUGGUUGUGUACUUAAUAGCGAUGGGAGUUGAAGGUGUAUCCAUAGAGCACUUGAGAGGGAGGGGUGAAGUGGAGGUACUAUACAGCCAGAGGCAGAGUGGAAGAGGGUGGAACUGACGGAGGGGGCGAGGUUGUCAGGGAAAGGGAAAUGAAGGAGUAAGCAAGAUUGUGCCUGCAAUACAGAUCCACGGUCACAGUACGGCUGACUUUAAAAGAAGGCAGACAUGGUUGGACACUGACUGGAGGAGAGAAGCAGGAGGGAGUGAGAAAACAACAAGCCGUCAGCUGCCAACCUUAUCGUUUCCAUCUAUAUACGGAAACCACUGGAUAAUUGAUAAGCCUCUCCCUCUUGCUCUGUGUUAGUGUGUGAGGGAGAGAGAGGGGGGAUUUGCUGAGCUCACCACCACCAUGCUGUGUCCUGCUGCUGUCAGUGCAGCUGCUGCGGCUGUGUGGCUGCUGGCGGUGCUGGGCCCGGGCCUGUCUCUUGCAGCUGAGGACAACACGGAGCCAGACUUCAGCCUCUGCAGCCGCUGCUUCUACAGACAGACGCCUCCUCAGGGAGCCUCUGCGGGGCCGCUGCUGCGCUCACUGUGCCACACUCUGCCCGGGGGACAGGCGUUCGCCUCCCUGUCCAAACCGACCUGUGACACAACUGUCUACUCGGCCUUCCAUCUCAGCCACGGAGGGACGGAGGAGGAAGGAGAGGAGGGGGGAGAGCCUGUUGUGACGGAGGAAGACGACGUUAAAGUAGCAGUACCAGCCCUGCUCAGAGGAGGCGGGGAUCCAUCGCAUCCUGUCUCGCCUACAGGCUCUCCUCUUCAACACUGGGACUCAACUUUCACAUCACUGGUCCAGUACAUCAUCACUCCCCAGUGCAGCACUUUAGGGGGUGAUUUGUACAUCCUGACCGGCGUCGGAGGCUUCGGGGCAGCUGAGGAUGGAGACGAGGAGUGUCAGACGAAGCCGCUGUGGUCUGCAGUGUGCUGCGCUGUCCCAGAGGGGAAGAGGGGCUUCAGUGUGGGGUUAAUCAGAGAGACAGGGGAAGGGGAGAGGCAAGUGAGCGUUAAGGAGCUACAGGAAGUGCUGGGAGUGGCAGAGCUGUUCUCAGAGGGCUGUGGAGGAGCAGAUGGGGAGACUGUUGGAAUCAGAGUGGGUCUUCACAGUGAGAGGCCCCCUGCAAACAUAGAGGAGCUGGAUGCAGGUCUUACUGGGGAAAACACAGGAGCCAAGAAUGUAGAUUCAAACGCUGCUGAUCGAGUCACUGAAGAAGAGGAGGUUGGUUCAGCUGCCACUAAAGGAGAGGAGAUUGGUUCAGAUGCCACUAAAGGAGAGGAGGUUGGUUCAGAUGCCACUGAGGGAGAGGAGGUUGGUUCAGAUGCCACUGAGGGAGAGGAGGUUGGUUCAGAUGCCACUGAGGGAGAGGAGGUUGGUUCAGAAGGUAGCGUUGAAAAACGACGUGAUGUGACGCAUUCAAAAGCCGUCGAAUCAGAGUCUCCUGAGUCGUCAGCUGACUAUGGAACUGUGGAUGAACAGGAGACAGACACUAACUCCAGCAGCAUGCUGGUCUAUGUCUUCUCCACCACCUUGUCCAUCCUCAAAGCUCCGCUGCGGCCUGUGUUCUCCACAGUCACACAGUUCCCUGGACAGGUGACAUACGUUCUUCAGGAAGACCUCGGGGUUCUGACUGCCCUGCCUGGAGAAACCUACUCGCUGUUCCACCUCCUGACCUCUGACCUCUUGGCUUGGACGGGCUCAGCUGGAGAAACGCUGCUGGGUAUCGGGGAAAACUGCUUCUCCAGCGCCUACUUCUGCUCCUCCUCCAUCUUGGGGGCCCUGCUGAACAACUGCCACACCGGAGUCACUGGCGUGGGGACCCUGGCUGGAGACACAGUGGGGAUAUUUGGGGAUGUGUUGGAUAAUACUUGGUGGGUGACCAAGUUCUUUGGGGGGCGGCUUUGGGAUCAGAGCGAGGGUUACGUAGGAACAGUGAUGUCAGAGAUGGGGGGGCAGGCGAAAGCUGUAGGUGGAGGGUUGGGGAGGCUGGUGUGGAGAAGUGGAAAUGGUGUGGGUAAUGUGUUUACGCUGGGAGGGGGUUUGGUGAUGGGGGUGGUGGAUAUGGUCGUUGGUGCGGUGAGAGGGGCUUAUGGGCAUGAGUCAGACUGAAAACCUUUUCGAAUAUUCUCUCCAGUGUUGGUUUGUAAAUUUCUUUAGCACAUAUGUGUGAAAAAGGGGGGGGGGACUGUUUCACUUUGAUGUCAUUUGAAAUGCCUCAGUUGAAGGAUAGCCAUAUGUCUUUUGAAUCAAAUUUAGUGAAUUAAUCAUUUCUUACACUGUAGGUCUUACACUUCACUGUGGCUGCUGGGAUACGUGACCCCACUGUGGUUAAAAUGAAACACUGUGCACAAACAGGGCUUUUGAAUGUAAUUAUAUUCAAAACAAUUCUUGUAUGAUAAUUGUUAUAGUAAAUGUUUGCUUACGUGUACAUUUUAAUAAAAGACAAUGCUGGCAUA